UCAGCACAUUCUCAGUCCCACGAGUAAUUCUUGAAAUGGCAAUGGCAACGCUGGCAUCUUUCUUAACGCAAACCCCUUUAUGUCUUUGCUUUCUCCUUCUCCUUUCUGUUCUUGUGUUGCUUAAACUCAAGAGAAGGAGAAACCUCAACUUGCCUCCAUCCCCACCAAAGCUACCCAUAAUAGGCAAUCUUCAUCAGCUGCUAGGCCCUCUCCUCCAUCGCACUCUCGAAGGUCUGUCGAAGAAGUAUGGCCCUUUGAUGCUUGUACACUUCGGUCAAGCUCCGGCUCUCAUUGUUUCAUCACCUGAGAUGGCUAGAGAAAUGAUGAAGACUCAAGAUAUCAGUUUCCUCAACCGCCCCAGAUUCACAACGACAAAAAUUUUCUUUUAUAAUUGCACUGAUCUUGGUUUCACGCCUUAUGGUGAGUAUUGGAGACAACUUAGGAAGCUUUGUGUUCUUGAACUUUUGAGUAUCAAAAGAGUACAAUCAUUUCAAUAUGUUAGAGAAGAGGAAGUUGCCGUUUUGAUGAAUAAAAUUCGUUCUUCUUGUUACAAUGGAGGUUCUGUUAAUUUAAGUGCGAUGCUGGUAGGCGUUGCAGACAAUAUAACAACCCGUUGCAUUUUUGGUAGGAGAGCUGAAGAAGAAAAUGGUAAGAGCAAGUUUGGGGAGAUAACAAAGAAACUGAUGACACAAUUUGCGUCCUUCUGUGUUGGAGAUAUGUUUCCGUCUUUUGGAUGGGUAGACGUUACGACGGGACUGAUUGGUCGUUUGAAGACAACUUCUAAGAAAUUAGACGCUUUUCUUGAUGAGGUGAUUGAAGAACACAUGAUAGAAGAAAGAGAUGGUAAAGGUAAACAAUCUGACAAGAAAGACUUCGUGGAUAUUCUCCUCCAACUUAAGAAGGAUGGCACGUUUGAGGAGCUCAAUAGAGACAACCUUAAAGCGAUCCUUACAGAUAUGUAUGUUGGUGGAUCUGAUACAACUGCAACAACUUUAGAAUGGAUAAUGGCAGAACUUGUGAAAAACUCUAGUCUAUUGAAGAAAGCACAACAAGAGGUAAGAACUGUAGUGGGGAACAAAUCAAAGAUUGAUGCGGAUGACAUUGAGAAGAUGGAAUAUAUGAAAUGUGUUAUCAAAGAAAGUCUAAGGUUACGUGCAAUAGCUCCUCUUCUGGGUGGAAGAGAAACAACAGAAAGAGUGAAAAUUGGAGGUUAUGAAAUUCCUGCAAACACUAGAGUGUAUGUUAAUGCAUGGGCAAUUCAAAGGGACCCGAAAUAUUGGGACAGACCAAUAGAGUUUAUUCCAGAGAGGUUUAUGAACAAUCCGGUUGAUUUCAGAGGUCAACAGUUUCAGUUCAUCCCAUUUGGUGCAGGGAGAAGAGGUUGUCCUGGGAUGCUAUUUGGAGUUGCAGUUGUUGAAUAUGUAACUGCAAACCUUUUGUAUUGGUUUGACUGGAAGUUGUCUGCAGGUUUAACUGAAGACAAACUGGAUAUGACUGAGACUGAUGGCUUAACCAUCCAUCGGAAAGUUCCUCUUUAUCUUGUGCCGAGUCUCUACUCUCCUUGAUAAUUUUAUCUAUGGCUUUUAUGUUUAAUUUAUGUAAUUUUAGGCAUGUCCUUUUUUUUUUUUAAAUUCUUCUUAGUGAAGAAUGUACUAUUAUUGUAGGAUUAGCUAACUUUCUAUCAAGCAUUAUAAAGUUUGAAAACAGAGUUCUUCCGAAACUGUUUUCAUAUAUUAAGUAGCAGCGAGCUAAAUUUAUGUGCUAAGAUCCUUUCCAAUGUUAUAAAUGGUGGAUUUUUCCACCACGGGAAAGAAAAUUCAGUCAAAAGAUAAUGUGAAAGCAUUAAUAAGCCUUGGACAUUUGAUUUGGAAAA